CUGUAGGCGAGUCCGGGAAAAAGGAAGACUAUGUACCUAGGUUGAUUCACUAGGCAGAUCUCCGAGGGGGUGUUGCGGCCCUAACCCUGAGCCUUUGGUGGUAGGGUCUGGUAUGGUAGCGUACCUAAAUUUAAGAGUAUUGGCGCUGCGGGGUGGCUUUCUGCCCUUCCGAAAUUCCUCCUCUGCCCCUCCAACACUGCCCGAAGAACGCUUCUUCCAUCUUCCCUCUUUGUUUCCUCCACAACAAUCAUUUACCCGCUCUUCCACAACCCUUCCUAAAACAAAAUCAAUUACCUGUGAACAGGGAAACUUUCAUGGACAGAAUCAAAAAGACGUUCGCUACUUGCAAGGCAGAGGGAAGGGUGAGCUUCUAUUUUCUCCGGAGUACACAAGAAUUUCCCGUUGCAACCGCUAACCGUUAUGAAAACAGGGGGCUCUGGUGACUUAUGUUACUGCCGGGUUUCCGACAGUUGAGGCAACUGCAGGUCUGAUGCUGGCAAUGGAGGCUGGGGGUUCUGGUGUGAUCGAUACUUUCCGGAAUCCUAGUUGUGGCCGGUAAAGCUGACAAUUCUAGAUAUAAUUGAACUUGGCCUACCUUUCACCGAUCCAAUCGCAGAUGGGCCGACCAUCCAGAAAGCAAAUACCGUGAGUAAAAUUUCCCCCAUCCCUUCUUCCGAUCAGCCGGUAAUUAAUACGCACUACAGAUUGCCUUGGAAAAUGGGAUGUCGGCUACCGCAGCCUUGAAGGCAGUUCGCGAUGCUCGUAAGAAAGGAUUGAAAGUGCCAGUCCUCUUCAUGGGAUACUACAACCCGGUCUUGAUCUACGGCGAGCAAAAAUUUGUCAAGGAUUGUCGAGAGGCCGGUGUUGAUGGAUUCGUCAUUUGCGAUCUGCCUCCAGAGGAAGCUGUGAAAUUUAGAGGAUUCUGUAAUAACGAGGGGUAUGCUCGCCUUUAAAGGUUUCACAAGAUUUACUUCAACUGACCAGGUGUUCAUAGUUUGAGUUAUGUACCGCUUAUAGCUCCAUCUACAAAUCCUUCCCGUUUAAAAUUUCUCUGCAGCAUAGCCGAUUCAUUCAUAUAUGUUGUUUCUCGUAUGGGGACAACAGGCGUAUCGGGUACAUUGAACGCUGGUCUUGGUGAUCUAUGCAAGCGUGUACACGAGACAUCCAGAAACAUUCCUAUCGCAGUCGGCUUUGGCGUUUCCACUCGCGACCAGUUCGUCUCGGUUAGCCAGUUUUCUGAGGGUGUUGUUAUCGGGUCACAGGUCAUUAAUGUUAUCUCUCAAUCAAAACCCGAAGAGGUCAACGAGAAGGUUAAGGAGUUUUGCCAAAUGAUUGUUGGUAGGGAUGGCGAAGAUUCGUCCAUUCAUGAAGUCGGGAUUGCGGGGGCCAACAGAAAGGCUAAAGAGCCAGCUAAUGUCCAUCCUACCAGUGUCAUUACUGAAAAGGAUGUGGGGCCAGGCCCAGGCUUAAUGGACCAGCUUAAUGCUUUAAACAUCGAUGGUGAAGCUAACUCUCAGGUAAGUACAGGGAGGUGCUUUCUCAUUAUUACCAGACGCGUUCUUACAGUGGUAGCCAAUUCCUUCUCGCUUUGGCGAAUUCGGCGGUCAAUACGUACCAGAAGCUCUGAUGGAUUGUCUCGCAGAGCUAGAACGUGGCUUUAUUGAAGCAAAUAACGACCCUAAAUUCUGGGAAGAGUUUCAGUCGCACUAUCCCUAUAUGGGCCGCCCAGGACAGCUUCAUCUGGCAGAGCAUCUUACUGAAAAAUGCGGAGGCGCCAAUAUCUGGUUGAAGCGAGAGGACCUCAAUCACACAGGAUCUCAUAAAAUCAAUAACGCUAUCGGACAAGUUCUUAUCGCUAAGCGGUUGGGUAAGACCGAGAUUAUUGCAGAAACUGGAGCCGGGCAGCAUGGCGUAGCAACCGCAACCGUUUGUGCCAAGUUUGGUCUGAAGUGCACGGUUUAUAUGGGCGCUGUAAGUUGAACCAGUCGUUGCGAAUUUUAACACCCCAGAGGUGCGCUUACCUUUUAAAGGAAGAUGUGAGGCGUCAAGCCUUGAACGUUUUCAGAAUGAAACUUCUAGGAGCCCGGGUCAUAUCUGUGGACGCUGGUAGGAAGUUUCUCCCACCGUAAUCACUAGAAGAUGCUUAUACCUUCCUUCCCAGGGACUCGUACUUUACGUGACGCUGUCAAUGAGGCGCUUCGUUCGUGGGUUUCCAACCUCUCGACAACACAUUACCUCAUUGGAUCUGCUAUUGGCCCGCACCCGUUCCCUACAAUUGUUCGAACCUUCCAGAGCGUCAUUGGGAACGAAACCAAAAAGCAACUUAUGGAGAAGCGGGGGAAACUACCUGACGCAGUAGUAGCUUGUGUCGGAGGUGGAUCGAAUUGUGCGGGAAUGUUUUACCCCUUUGCAAAUGAUCUUUCGGUAAAAAUGUUGGGUGUGGAAGCCGGUGGAGAUGGUCUAGAGACUACUAGACACGCAGCUACCCUUGCUGGUGGUAGCAAGGGUGUUCUUCAUGGAGUCCGCACUUAUAUUCUCCAAGAUGCUGAGGGUCAGAUCUCUGACACACAUUCCGUUUCCGCUGGGUUGGACUACCCCGGGGUUGGGCCAGAACUCGCAAGUUGGAAAGAUAGCAACCGUGCAAAGUUCAUUGCUGCUUCCGAUGCUGAGGCUUUCGAAGGAUUCAGAGCACUCUCCGAACUCGAAGGAAUCAUUCCAGCCCUUGAAAGUGCGCACGCAAUUUUCGGCGGAAUGGAGUUGGCAAAGACAAUGAAACCUGGCGAGGAUAUUGUCAUCUGCCUAUCCGGCAGAGGGGAUAAAGACGUCCAGAGCGUCGCCGAAGAACUCCCCAACAUUGGGCCCAAGAUUGGGUGGGAUCUCAGGUGUGAGUUGGCCCCUUCCCUCUCGAAUAUUUGUACACUAACGUUGGUCAGUCUAAUCUUGAAUAUCCAAAACAAAUACCCACGCUUUUCUCGUCUCUGUUUUCUUUUUCUUUUUUUUCUGCAGGUUCCCUGUUGGCUCCGGUAGCAAAUAUAGAUCAGGUAUUUCAUGUAUGCUGAGGGUUGGAAAAAAGGCUUCGUAA